GCGACUCGUGGUCGUCGAGCCCGGCGGCUGUGGCCUCUCUUCGCUGGUCAACGAUGGACCUCGCGGCAUCAGCGGAGCCGGGAGCCGGCAGCCAGCACCCGGAAGUCCGCGACGAGGUGGCCGAGAAGUGCCAGAAACUGUUCCUGGACUUUCUGGAGGAGUUUCAGAACAGUGAUGGAGAAAUUAAGUAUUUGCAAUUAGCAGAGGAGCUAAUUCGUCCUGAGAGAAACACUUUGGUUGUGAGUUUUGUGGACCUGGAGCAAUUUAACCAGCAACUUUCUACCACCAUUCAAGAGGAGUUCUACAGAGUUUAUCCUUACCUAUGUCGGGCCUUGAAAACCUUCAUCAAAGACCGUAAAGCGAUCCCCUUUGCCAAGGAUUUUUAUGUUGCCUUCCAAGACCUACCUACCAGACACAAAAUUCGAGAACUCACCUCAUCCAGAAUUGGUUUGCUCACUCGCAUCAGUGGGCAGGUGGUACGGACUCACCCGGUUCAUCCAGAGCUCGUGAGUGGAACUUUCCUAUGCCUGGACUGUCAGACAGUGAUCAAGGAUGUAGAACAGCAGUUCAAAUACACACAACCAAACAUCUGCCGAAAUCCAGUUUGUGCCAACAGAAGGAGAUUCCUGCUGGAUACAAAUAAGUCAAGAUUUGUUGACUUUCAAAAGGUCCGUAUUCAAGAGACUCAAGCUGAGCUUCCUCGAGGGAGUAUCCCCCGCAGUCUAGAGGUGAUCCUGAGGGCUGAAGCUGUGGAGUCAGCUCAAGCUGGUGAUAAGUGUGACUUCACAGGGACGCUGAUUGUUGUGCCUGACAUCUCAAAGCUUAGCACACCAGGAGCCCGUGCAGAAACUAAUUCCCGUGUCAGUGGUGUUGAUGGAUACGAGACAGAAGGCAUUCGAGGACUCCGGGCCCUUGGUGUUAGGGACCUUUCAUACAGGCUGGUUUUCCUUGCCUGCUCUGUUGCACCAACCAACCCAAGGUUUGGAGGAAAAGAGCUUCGAGAUGAAGAGCAGACAGCUGAGAGCAUUAAGAACCAAAUGACUGUGAAGGAGUGGGAGAAAGUGUUUGAAAUGAGUCAAGAUAAAAACCUAUACCACAAUCUUUGUACCAGCCUGUUUCCUACUAUACAUGGCAAUGAUGAAGUGAAACGGGGUGUCCUCUUGAUGCUUUUUGGUGGUGUUCCAAAGACAACAGGGGAAGGAACCUCUCUUCGAGGGGACAUAAAUGUUUGCAUUGUUGGUGACCCAAGUACAGCUAAGAGCCAGUUUCUCAAGCAUGUGGAAGAGUUCAGCCCCAGGGCUGUCUACACCAGUGGCAAAGCAUCCAGUGCUGCCGGCUUAACAGCAGCCGUUGUGAGAGAUGAAGAAUCUCAUGAGUUUGUCAUUGAGGCUGGAGCUUUGAUGCUGGCUGAUAAUGGUGUAUGUUGCAUUGAUGAAUUUGAUAAAAUGGAUGUGCGGGAUCAAGUUGCUAUUCACGAAGCUAUGGAACAGCAGACAAUCUCCAUCACUAAAGCAGGAGUGAAGGCUACUCUGAAUGCUAGGACAUCCAUUUUGGCAGCGGCAAACCCAGUCAGUGGACACUAUGACCGGUCAAAAUCGUUGAAACAGAAUAUAAAUUUGUCAGCUCCCAUCAUGUCCCGAUUUGAUCUUUUCUUUAUCCUCGUGGAUGAAUGUAAUGAGGUUACAGACUAUGCUAUUGCCAGACGUAUAGUAGACUUGCAUUCAAGAAUUGAGGACUCAAUUGAUCGUGUCUAUUCCCUUGAUGAUAUCAGGAGGUAUCUUCUCUUUGCAAGACAGUUUAAACCCAAGAUUUCUAAAGAGUCAGAGGACUUCAUUGUGGAACAGUAUAAGCGUCUCCGCCAGAGGGAUGGUUCUGGAGUAACCAAGUCUUCAUGGAGGAUUACAGUGCGACAGCUUGAGAGCAUGAUCCGUCUCUCUGAAGCAAUGGCUCGAAUGCACUGCUGUGAUGAGGUCCAGCCAAAACAUGUGAAGGAAGCUUUCCGGUUACUGAAUAAGUCAAUCAUCCGUGUAGAAACUCCUGAUGUUAAUCUAGAUCAAGAAGAAGAGGCCCAGAUGGAGGUAGAUGAGGGCCCAGGUGGCAUCAAUGGUCAUGCUGACAGUCCUGCUCCUGUGAAUGGAAUCAACGGCCACAGUGAAGACGUAAACCAAGAUUCUGUUCCAAAAGCCUCCUUAAGACUGAGCUUCUCUGAAUACUGCCGAGUCUCUAACCUUAUUGUGCUUCACCUCAGAAAGAUGGAAGAAGAAGAGGAUGAGUCGGCAUUAAAGAGGAGUGAGCUUGUUAACUGGUACUUGAAGGAAAUCGAAUCCGAGAUAGAUUCUGAAGAGGAACUUAUAAAUAAAAAGAGAAUCAUAGAAAAAGUCAUUCAUCGACUCACUCACUACGAUCAUGUUCUAAUUGAGCUCACGCAAGCUGGAUUGAAAGGCUCCACCGAAGGAAGUGAGAGCUAUGAAGAAGACCCCUAUUUGGUAGUUAACCCUAAUUACUUGCUUGAAGAUUGAGAUACGGAAAAGAACUAACCAGAGAAACUGGCCCUCUACCACUUGGCCUGGAGUCUGGAUGGAGCCCUACUAGCAAGAGAAAUGUUUCUGGGAGUGAUGCUUCAGGAAGAUUUUGAGGAACAAGAACCUAGUUGAUGGACCUAUGUGUCACAUUCCUGUUGGUGUUUCUAUACCAACACAGGCUUUAGCAUUUUGUUUAGUGUCCUUCCUGUCUAAAUAAAGUUGGAACCCAUUAAUGUGUGAUUUCUGUAAUUGAGACCUUUGUUUUCAGGUACAGCAAAAAGUCCAUUACUUUUGUGGUGUGUGGUGUCACAUCAGAGAAAUAACUUUUCACUUGCCAACUUCUGCUUUUUUUCAUCAAAAUAAAAUAACCUGUUCUAGA